AUGUUCAUACCGACUGAUCUACAAUACUUCGUUGAUUUUGAAGUUAAGGACCGCAAGAAGAGAGUGUCAGCAGUGAGGGAAGUCCCAACGAAUGUUAUGUAUCGAGACCAUCUGGUCGAGCAAGGAAUCAUCCCGAAUGAAGCGGCUAGUGGCCUUUAUCGGCCAAUUUUCUUGAAAAACUACCUGCUUGGCGGCCUCAUCUCCCCAGAGCAGAUCGGAAGAUUAACAAUGAAGCUCCCUCUGGCACUCCUGUUGGCUAGUGGAACACUUCAGGUCGCCUCUCAGCAGGUGCCUGGACUGCACAAAGUCCUUGAUUAUCCCUCCCGCGCAAUCACCCUCGACGACAUUGUCCCGUCCUCCUGGCGUAAUCCAACCACGGGCGAAACCGACCUGAAAUGCUGUCCAAGGGGAACCGUGUAUCACCCAGCGAGACAUCUGUCCCGAGCAGGCAAUCUUCCAGGAUGGAAUGUGCGUCCAUACCAGUGGACCGCAAAAGUCUGGACGCUCCAGAACUCACCUGGUGUCCUUCGAUUCCAUCAUGGAACCGCCCAUCCGUGUAUUGUGCCGCCUGAAUACCAAGGUCGCGCUAGGUUGCUGUGCGAACUGCCUAUGGAAUGGCAAGUUCGAGCGCUGUUCUUACAAUCUUGUAAGAGUGGUGCCCGGGACCCUACUGGUGGCACGUACCUGGCUCGUAUCUGA